AUGAAGUGUCCCUUUUUGGGUGGAGUUGGAGGAGGGAGACUUGGUCAACGAUUUGAUAAGAGGCAUAAGCCGCUCGCUAUCACGUGUGAUGCCAACCAGCUGCAGCUCUUCCUGAAGAAGAAGGAGGGCGACGUGGAGGACGGCGCGUGGCUGACGGAGAAUGAAGUAGUUUCUCGUGAGUGGAUCGAUUGGAAACGCGUUGGGAUCCGCUGUCGAGUUAACCGUCUGGCGGCGUCGUAUCUUGGGUAUUAUGAUGCUGAACUUGGAGACAAAGCGCUGUGGUAUGAUGGAGCGUUGUUGCGGAUCCACGUUGUAUUCAAGCAAGGUGUAGAGGCAUGCUUUGAAAUUGAAAACGAAUUGCAGAAUGAGGGUUUUAUUACGGGUUCCCCACUCUAUGGCCACGAGAUUUUGACGAAUGUAGCCCCACUUACUCGCGAGUUUAUCGACCUUCGGCGCAUCUUAACUCAGCGUUAUGAUCCAGAUGAGCCCGAAUCUCCUAACGCGACUAUGUCGUUUCCUUUGAACAGCGCCUUGCUUGUUGACACGGCAACUGAUGGAUUCAAGUAUCAGCGUAUUGAGAGUGAAGAGGUGUUUAUGCAUUUGGGGAAGACCUGGGGCUGUCAAUCGAUGUCAGUAGAUGAAUGCCGCAGACGUGAAGACUGGAAAAAGUACGGCAACGACCAGAGCAACCGUCUAGCGCUUUCGACAGUCAUGCGCGCCCGGUACGACGGCCGUUUUUAUGCUGUGUCGCUGAUGAAUAAUUCGGUCGACUCCGUGUCUGAGGUCCGGUAG